GAGGUUUUAGAGAGGUUUGUUGGAUUGUUUUGCUCUCAAAAUUUCUUUCUCUUCUUCAAAUGUUCAUUGGAAGACCAAUACCUUAUCUUCUACUAUCUUCACCUUCCUUCCAUGGCUUCCGCUGCGGCGGCUUCUCCUUCUCUCUCCUUAAACCCAACCUCUCAUUUCCAACACCAAACUUCUCUCGUCACCUGGCUUAAACCUCCUCCCUCCUCCGCCCUCUUCCGCCGCAAAACCCUUCCUUUCUUCGAACGCCACUCACUUCCGAUUUCAGCUUCUUCUUCUUCUUCUUCUUCCUCUUCUACUUCCCUCUCCGUUCACGAGAAACCCAUUUCGAAUUCGGUUCACUUCCACGGCAAUCUCAUCGAGAGCUUCGAGAAUCAGGACUCUUCAUACGCUGGAACCAUUAAAGGAGCAAGCUUGAUUGAGGAGCUUGAGAAUCCUGUCGAAAGGAAUGGACUUUCUGGUCGGAGAAGACUGUUUAUGCAAGACCCACCAUGGAUCUCUGCUUUGUUUCUCAAGGGUUUGAGUAAAAUGGUUGAUCAGACUUUGAAAAUCGAGCGGAAAGAUAUCGAUAAGAGGAAAUUUGAUUCCUUGAGGAGACGACAAGUGAAGGAAGAGACUGAAGCGUGGGAGAGGAUGGUUGAUGAGUACAGAGAUUUGGAGAAGGAGAUGUGUGAGAAGAAUCUAGCUCCGAAUUUGCCUUAUGUGAAACAUAUGUUCUUGGGAUGGUUUCAACCUUUGAAAGAUGUGAUUGAGAGAGAGCAGAAGUUGCAGAAGAAUAAGAGCAAGAAGGUUAGAGCAGCUUAUGCUCCUCAUAUUGAGCUUUUGCCUGCUGAUAAAAUGGCGGUUAUUGUGAUGCAUAAGAUGAUGGGUUUGGUUAUGUCUGGACAUGAAGAUGGGUGUAUCCAAGUUGUUCAAGCUGCUGUUAGUAUUGGCAUAGCUAUUGAGCAGGAGGUGAGGAUUCAUAACUUCUUGAAGAGAACUAGGAAGAACAAUGCAGGGGACUCACAAGAGGAAUUGAAAGAAAAGCAAUUGCUUAGGAAACGUGUUAAUAGUUUGAUUCGAAGGAAAAGGAUUAUUGACGCAUUAAAAGUGGUGAAAAGUGAAGGUACCAAACCAUGGGGACGAGCUACACAAGCUAAGCUUGGAAGCCGUCUGCUAGAACUAUUGAUCGAAGCAGCUUAUGUGCAACCUCCCUUGACCCAGUCUGGGGACUCUAUACCCGAGUUUCGACCUGCAUUCAGACACAGGUUUAAAACUGUGACUAAAUAUCCAGGGUCUAAGCUGGUGAGGAGGUAUGGAGUUAUUGAAUGUGACUCGCUCCUUCUUGCAGGACUAGAUAAAUCUGCUAAGCAUAUGUUAAUUCCUUAUGUUCCGAUGUUAGUGCCACCAAAGAGAUGGAAAGGAUAUGACAAGGGUGGUUACUUGUUUUUACCUUCCUAUAUCAUGCGUACUCAUGGAUCCAAAAAGCAGCAAGAUGCACUGAAAGAUAUUAGUCACAAGACUGCUCAUAGAGUAUUUGAGGCAUUGGAUACACUUGGGAAUACCAAGUGGAGGGUGAAUAGGAAUAUACUUGAUGUGGUAGAAAGGCUCUGGGCUGAUGGAGGCAACAUUGCAGGCUUAGUUAAUCGUGAAGAUGUUCCCAUACCCGAAAAACCAUCCUCUGAGGAUCCUGAAGAACUCCAGUCCUGGAAAUGGAGUGCUCGAAAGGCCAACAAGAUUAACAGAGAGAGGCAUUCUCUAAGAUGUGAUGUUGAGCUCAAACUUUCUGUGGCUAGAAAAAUGAAGGACGAAGAAGGAUUCUACUACCCUCACAAUCUUGACUUUAGAGGCCGUGCAUACCCAAUGCAUCCUCAUCUGAAUCAUCUGAGUUCUGAUCUUUGCCGUGGAACCCUGGAGUUUGCUGAAGGACGACCACUUGGAAAGUCAGGCUUGCAUUGGCUGAAAAUACAUUUAGCAAACCUCUAUGCAGGUGGUGUUGAAAAGCUCUCACAUGAUGCCCGUCUGGCUUUCGUGGAAAACCAUUUGGAUGAUAUAAUGGAUUCAGCUGAAAAUCCUAUACAUGGAAAACGAUGGUGGUUAAAGGCUGAAGAUCCGUUUCAGUGUUUAGCUGCAUGUGUUAUUCUGACACAAGCCUUGAAAAGCCCUUCACCUUAUUCAGUAAUUUCCCACUUGCCUAUUCAUCAGGAUGGGUCGUGCAAUGGUCUACAGCAUUAUGCAGCUUUAGGAAGAGAUAGUUUUGAAGCUGCGGCAGUUAAUCUAGUUGCAGGAGAAAAACCAGCUGAUGUCUACUCUGAAAUUUCACGGAGAGUUCAUGAAAUAAUGAAGAAGGACAGCAGUAAGGAUCCUGAGUCAAACCCAACCGCCGCACUGGCAAAGAUCCUUAUCACUCAAGUCGACAGGAAGCUGGUAAAGCAGACGGUAAUGACGUCAGUAUAUGGUGUCACCUAUGUAGGGGCUCGUGAACAAAUAAAAAGAAGAUUAGAAGAGAAAGGUGUUAUCACUGACGAGAGAAUGUUAUUUGCUGCUGCUUGCUAUUCUGCAAAAGUGACGCUAGCUGCCCUUGGAGAGAUAUUUGAAGCGGCACGUGCCAUUAUGAGUUGGCUUGGUGAUUGUGCAAAGAUAAUUGCUUCCGAUAAUCAUCCAGUGCGAUGGAUCACCCCUCUUGGGCUUCCUGUUGUGCAACCCUAUUGCAGAAGUGAAAGACAUCUGAUAAGAACAUCUCUUCAGGUUUUGGCUCUGCAGCGAGAGGGUAACACGGUAAAGCCGAUUUGUUUGUUUCUUUGUUUUCACUGAGCAAGACUAUCAGUGGGUCUUUGCUUAAAGACUAUCAAUUCGCAGGUCGAUGUUAGGAAACAAAGAACUGCAUUUCCUCCCAACUUUGUGCACUCGCUGGACGGCACUCACAUGAUGAUGACUGCUGUUGCAUGUCGAGAGGCCGGCCUAAACUUUGCAGGUUAGUUCUGUCAAUUCGACUAAUGGCCUACCAACAAAAAAAGAAGUAUUAUCUUCUUAUUGAAUGCUUGGGUUCUGCAGGUGUGCAUGACUCAUACUGGACCCAUGCAUGUGACGUUGACACAAUGAACAGAAUACUUAGAGAGAAAUUCGUUGAGCUUUACAACACACCGAUCCUUGAAGAUUUGCUCCAAAGUUUCCAAGAAUCAUACCCGAAUCUCGUGUUUCCUCCAGUACCAAAGAGAGGUGAUUUCGAUUUAAAGGAAGUUCUCAAAUCACAGUACUUCUUCAACUGAGUCAUGCAUGUAGCACCAGUGAACCAUCUGAAGAAGGGAGCAAGUUUUUGACGCAGGGAUCUUCCUUGGUGGCCUGUAAAUAACAUCCACCACCUCAAAAUGACAUGGAAAGAACCAGAAAUGUGCAAGAAAGACAAACUGAUACUGCAACACACUAAGAUUCUGACAUAAAUUAUCUUGCAGCAGAAGAGGAAUUCAGACAAAUCUACUUAGAGAAAUUUUGGCAGCAUUGAAGAAGUUUCUAGCUCAGUAGGUAGGUCCUAGACAGUCUUGAAUAAUUGAUGUAAGGUAUGAGUCAUUUGCAUCAAGCUUGUUUUUGGAGAUGAGAUUAGGAUUAGAGUUGUGUUGUAUCUGUCAUUCGUAAUGUUGUACAGAGAGAGACUUCAUAUACAAAACAAGAACACAAUAACGAUGAUUUAGUAAGUUUAAAGAAAAUUUAGC